AUGGAUUUUCCGAAGGCAAAUAUGAGAAAAAAUGACGGUUCUUUACGUUCUCCCCCAUAUGUUAAUGGGUACAAGCAACAAAGAUCUGCUUGCCUGAAGUCCGCGAGUACUGCUAGCAUCAUUAAAGCACAACGCUACCCUCAAAGCCGUGGAAGAAAUCUCGAUAGUAUAGAUAUCUCUAGUCGCGUUGUGGAGAGGACGAUUGCCAGGUUGAUUGAAUUAUUGGUUCCAAACAAAGAGGAGUGCGAAAAGGCAAGAGCCAGAGGAGAUUGCGUGUUUACAACGAAGAUGACAGAUACAGGCAGCAUUGUGGAAGUAUUCUUCAAAAUCGACUUGAAUGGAUGUCAAUAUAAGCUUGCCGAAGUAGGAAUGGACACCAAGAACAAUCACAAACUCGAUAUGCCACCUGGCGCCAUUUAUAUUGCCUUGGAUCUAAACUAUAAACGGAUGUUCGUGUACUUCAGCAAAGGUUUAGAGAUGGUAUACGGGCCAUCUAUUGGGAAAUGGGUCCUAGACUCGACCACGUACAAUAUUGAAGAGUAUGCAGAAAUUCACCCUCCAGAGCUACCUCAGGACGAACAUCACCAGGAGUACGAGAAGUGGCUCUUAGCCAACCCACAUCUUAGCUGGGCUCCCUGGUCCAGAGCUGGUGUAUAUCACUGGGGGUUCCGCCCCUUGAUGGAGCUCGAAUAUACACAUAAGGAUGCAUGUGUUGCCAGAGAUACUUACAACCUACCAUCGCAUAUACAACCAGUCCUUGCCGAUCUACUCAAAUCAUUUGGCAACAUCACUCGCGCACAAAGGAUUCUUUUAGGAGUGGUAGAUCGUGAUUACAGAUACUACUGCCAGUCAAUCAUAUCUGCUUGUCCGGAGAAGAGAAAGAGAUUUUGGGCUACAGACGACAACCAAGAGUGUUUCUCCCUUAGGACAUGUACAGUGAAUAUCCCUUUUGAACCCAAAUUUGACGGAGGGGAUAUCAAAGUUGGGUGGGCUGUAAUGGUGCCAAUGGGAGACUUUCGCGGUGGUGAUCUCUGUAUCAAGGAGAUGAACAGAAGGUUUGUGUACAAACCUGGAGGUGUCUGUUUGAUUCGGCAUGGCAGGCUGGACUUUUUUACCGCAAACUCAAAAGGUAGUCGAUAUUGUAUGGUUUCCACCGUUCAGGAAACACUAAAGGGGGAGUAUUUCGAUCGUUUGUGGGAGUUUUGA